GACGACGACGACGACGACGGGAGCAUGGUGGUGAUCUAAUAGCGUGUCCGGGAGUCCGGAGGAGGUGGGGCCAAGCCAGGUUAUGACAUGGGAGUGCCAGCACGGGGAGCACUCGCGGCUCUGCUGGCUGUGGCCGCCCUCGCCGUCUACCUGAACAGCCUCGGCUGCGGUUUCGUCUUUGACGACAUAUCCGCGAUCAAGGAGAAUCGCGAUCUCAGACCCCAUACGCCUCUCAGGAAUGUCUUCUUCAAUGACUUCUGGGGCACCCCCAUGCACAAGGAACAAUCGCACAAAUCGUAUAGGCCGCUAUGUGUCCUCACAUUCCGUUGGAAUUACAUGAUACAUCAAUUGGAUCCCAUGGGAUAUCAUCUGCUUAACGUUAUUCUGCAUAUUGGAGUUUGCCUCUUGUACUUCAGGACAUGUUUGAUGUUUUUACCAGACGUAGCAAGUUUCGUAUCUGCUCUUCUAUUCGCUGUUCAUCCCAUACACACGGAGGCGGUUACGGGAGUUGUCGGAAGAGCGGAAACGUUAUCGUCCUUAUUUUAUCUGGCAGCUUUAAUAACAUAUACUAAGUGUUGCAGAAGUAAGAGAUGUACAGGAUGGCGAUCAUUAAUAAUGUCGAUGUUCUUUGUAUUCAUCGCCAUGCUGUGCAAGGAGCAAGGAAUCACGGCCACGGCGGUCUGCGUUUUGUAUGAAAUUUUUGUUGUACAAAGGGUUAGAGCUAUGGAUAUUAUAUUAGCGGUGAAGUCGGCCUUCGAUGGUAAAAAGAUUUCGCCGACCUGGUCGAGCGAGGGUACGAAACGUCUGACGGCUGUUACCCUCGUGACCUUCAGCUUGUUAAUUUUAAGAUUACACGUAAUGGGUUCGAAGUUGCCAGUAUUUACCAGAUUUGACAAUCCAGCAUCGGUAGCUUCGACACCGACGAGACAGUUAACGUACAAUUACUUGGCAGCCGUGAACCUCCGGUUGCUAUUCCUUCCAAUCGACUUGUGUUGCGACUGGACGAUGGGAACGAUACCGCUGCUAGAAACUUUAUUGGACGUUAGAAAUGUAGCUACGAUCGCGGCUUAUACGACGGUGGUAGGACUUUUAUUCACAGCUGUUUUAACGCGUAGUAGACAAACGUCGAUAAUAAUCAUAAUGAGUUUGGCAAUGAUGGUUCUUCCAUUUCUUCCUGCUUCGAAUCUAUUUUUUCCCGUUGGAUUUGUCGUGGCCGAGAGAGUCUUAUAUGCACCUUCUAUGGGUUUCUGUAUGCUCAUUGGAUACGGCGCGCACAUACUUUGUGAGAAAAGUAAAAAAUUAUUCACGCUUCUCCUAUUGGUGCUAUUGGUGGCACACGCGACAAAAACUUAUGUGCGCAAUUAUGAUUGGUUGGACGAGUAUCAGAUAUUUAUGUCUGGACUUAAAGUCAAUGAUCGAAACGCCAAGCUUUUUAACAAUGUUGGCCACGCACUGGAGAGUCAAGGUCGUUUUAAGGAAGCUCUGAACUUCUUCAAUAUGGCUGUACAGGUCCAAGGCGACGACAUUGGUGCUCACAUUAACGUCGGCCGGACUUACAAUCAUUUGAAAAUGUUCAAGGAGGCCGAGGAUGCUUACUUAAAGGCGAAAUCAUUGUUGCCGAAGGCUAAGCCAGGCGAGUCCUACCAAGCACGAAUAGCACCGAAUCACCUAAACGUUUUCGUCAAUCUGGCCAAUCUCAUAGCAAAGAACGCCACGAGAUUAGAGGAGGCCGAUCUUCUCUACAGGCAAGCAAUCAGCAUGCGAGCGGACUACACCUUAGCGUACAUCAAUCGUGGCGACGUUUUAAUCAAACUCAAUCGUACAAAGGAAGCCCAAGAAGUUUACGAACGGGCCCUAUUUUAUGACAGUAACAAUCCGGACAUUUAUUAUAAUUUGGGCGUCGUGUUUUUGGAGCAAGGCAAGGCCUCGCAAGCUCUGGCUUAUCUUGACAAAGCUUUGGAAUUCGAUCCGGAGCACGAGCAAGCUUUAUUGAAUUCUGCAAUAUUGUUGCAAGAGUUGGGUCGCGCGGAGCUUCGUAAAGUUGCCAGAGAACGGCUUUUAAAAUUGCUGAGAAAGGAUUCGAAUAACGAGAGGGUCCAUUUUAAUCUUGGGAUGCUGGCAAUGGACGAUCAUGACAGUGAGAGCGCAGAACGAUGGUUCAGAAAUGCCGUUGCGUUGAAAGAGGACUUCAGGUCAGCCCUUUUUAAUCUUGCCUUGUUGUUGGCCGACGAGCAGCGUCCAUUGGAGGCUGCUCCGUUUCUGAAUCAAUUAGUCAGGUUUCAUCCGGAUCACGUGAAAGGUCUAAUUUUACUCGGCGACAUUUAUAUUAACAACAUCAAGGAUUUGGAUGCGGCUGAAAAUUGCUACCGGCGAAUCCUUCAGCUGGAUCCGAGCAAUAUCCAGGGCCUGCACAACCUCUGCGUGGUUAUGGUGGAGCGAGGUAGACUGGGGAUGGCCGAGCAGUGCCUCGAGAGGGCGGCGGUCUUAGCGCCCCAGCAGGACUACGUGCACCGUCACCUGGCCAUCGUGCGCGCACGCAUCAGCAGACUGCCGAAGGAGGUGCUGGCGGUCGGACAGGAAGACGGCCUCUUCGACGACGGCCUCUGGGUACACCGUCAUGUGGCAGCCCCCAGCCAGCAACAACAACACCAACAACAACAACAACACCAACAACAACAGCAGCAGCAGCAGCAGCAAGUCAUCGAGGAUCCCCAGUACCUCGGCAAGCAGGAGGCCGUUUAUUUGAAUCACGCGGUUGUUCACAAUCAUUUAGGGAACAAGCAACAGAAGCAGCGGAAGCAACGAAAGCAGUCGAGGAACGAGGUCAUCGACGCUUGUCUCGGCGUCGGUCUCAAGGCCGAUCCUCGAUGCGCUCCCGCACUAGGACUGACCGAGUACGCAUCUGGCAAGACUGAGUCCUGAAUUGCGUGGGAUGGUCCGCUGAAGCAGGAACCGCGGCCCGGUUGCGACGUCUUCGAGCGGAUAAUAGACGCCGUGGGGUGGGUGCCGGCGGAG